AAAAUACGUUCGAUAUCUCGAUAUUUACCCUAUCUCGAUGGUAUUUACGGGACCCGAGCUAUCGACUUAACGGAUUAUGACUGUAUGCUCGAAAUCAAACUGCAGACAAGAACAGAGCAGGGUAUCUCUCUCCAUUGCUUGAGCAUUUACCAGCGUAGGUUUUGGUUGGUGGUUUCAGCGGUAAAUCCUCCGCCCUGAGACUCCUGGGUGGCACCACUAAAUCAAACAUGGCGAGAUAAUCAUAUCGGGAUAUGGCUGACGAGUCCAACAACGUAUGGCUCAUCUAUUUUCAAGAUCGACUAUAGCAAACCCAAUUAGUACUCUUCUUUAGUGUUUAUUUUUCUAAGGGAUUAAGGACGAGUUGGAAUGUGACUCAACUAAUAGUCGUGCAUCAACGUUGGUUUCGGACAUCAUUGCCAUUGUUCGGCGUCUCUCUUCUCACACAGCCACUGGCCACCAACGAGGCCAUAGAUCUCAACAAGGAUUUAUCACUCGAGAAUUCCCCAUUGUCAAAAUCCACGCCACGCAAUAAAACGACAAAGGUUGAAAAGAGGAUAGUACGCCCGAGUAUAAUAAAUUGUGGGUAGCUCGCAUAUAACAGGCAGUCUCACUCGCCUCAGGAGGGGAAUAUCCGCCAAGGUUGCAGGCACAACAUCCAUACGUUCCUUCCUCCGUGUAACCAACCCACUGAGACAACGCGCCACAGAUUUUUCUUUCGUCUUUAUCUUCCUCAACCUCUACUAUCUCCCUUCGUCCGCAAGGAGACCUCUUUCAUCAACUCAUGAAUUGACUCUAUAACAGCACUCUUACAGGAAGCCCGCUAGUCCCAACCGUCUCAAUCAAUAGCAGGAAAACCACUCAUACCGCUGGCGUUUGGCAGCCCAAUUGAAAUGGAUUCAACACGUCCGCAUCAGGCCACUCUGGCUAUGGGAGUCAUACACUACGGCUACCCAGCACUAUCGCUCCUGUAUUUCAUAUUUACGUCUACGCUUGGGUUUUGCACGACACCUGCAGCUGCCAAGAAGAAAAGCGAACAAUAUGACAAACGACGAGCCCUUCUGUCACUUAUGGUUAUGGUUGUAGGAACAUAUGCUGCCAAUUCCGUCAAUAUCUUAAUUCGGAUGCUCGUUGAUAGGCCAUGGGCCGCAGAGCAGCACGAGACAGUUUACCUCGUCUCAUCCUUUCUGACAUGGUUGAUUCUGACUUCGGCGCUUCUGGAGUUUGAGUUGCCGGUGUGGUAUCCACACUAUGGAGCAUCAGCGAUAGCUGCUCUAUCUGAAAUCGCGCUUUUCAUUCUUUCCAAUAUCUUCAUUCGCAAGUAUGGAUUGUUCGACUUGAUUUCAUUGUCCAUUCAAGGUGUGCGGAUAUGUACGCUGGUAAUAUUGCUGUCGUUCUACGCGACGCUUCGAAACCGCAAAAGUUUCGACGAACACGAUGAAGAGUGCCAGUCUCUGCUUCCCCAUAGCUCCAAAACUAACGGGACUGCAAAUGGGAAUGGUGCCAGCUAUGGGGCUACGACAAACUCUUCAGAAACUGCAAACGAUAAUUCCAAGGAUGGCAGUUCGUCAGACUCUGACGAAAAUGAUAUCUAUUCCAAGCGACGCAAUAAAGCCCAGGAACGAGUACAGAAACGAUUGGAAACCGACGGAAACUGGUGGGCAUAUGUGAAAGGCUUUUCGAUUUUUAUUCCACACGUGUGGCCAGUCCAUGAUAGAGCCAUGCAACUUCGCGCUGUUGCAGUAGGAGCCUGUCUUUUGACGGGCAAUUUUCUAAACAUUAUGAUACCACGACAGCUGGGUGUGGUCACCGACGCUCUUGUCAAAGGAAAUUCUCCGUGGUUUGCAGCGACAGUAUAUGCUUCCCUGACAUUUUUGAAUUCUGGUAGCUGCAUUGGCUGGGUGCAGUUUUGGUUAUGGCGACCUCUUGAACAAUACGCCGAACAGUCACUGAGUACUGCAUCUCAUCAACACGUAAUGAGCUUGUCGUCGGAUUUCCACGAGGGCAAAGACUCCGCAGACAUUCACCGCGCCGUUAACCAAGGACAGUCGGUCACCAAGCUCGUAGAAAUGAUGAUUUUUGAGGUUAUGCCCAUGAUGAUUGAUCUCUCCGCUGUUUGCAUAUACUUGAACUACCUCUUCGGUCCAUACAUGGGACUCAUUCUAGCUGUUACAAGUGUCGUAUUUGUGUACUGCACUACGAAGCUAGUGUCACUGGCGACCAACAAACGUAGGCAGUACAUGAAAAGCUACCGGAAAGAGUGGCUAUCAGUUUACACAAGCAUCGACAAUUGGCGAACGGCCAGUUACUUCAAUAACAUCCCGUACGAAGAAAACCGGUACUCCUCGAAUGUGAAGAAUCGGCUGCGACGGGAGAAGGACUACCGGUUAGGGAUAUUUCUUGUCGGCGCUGUUCAAAUCUUCGCCCUUACAGUCGGUCUCGUCGGUGCAUGCUUCCUUGCUAUAUACCAAGUUAUGCGCAAUGAGAGAUCACCUGGAGAUUUUGUCAUUCUUUUGACCUACUGGGCACAGCUCAGGGGGCCUCUGACAUUUUUCAGUAACGCCUACAAGAAAAUAUCCGAGUCCCUGAUGGAUGCCGAGCACUUGCUGGAACUAUUUCGAGCCAAACCUACUGUCGUGGACAGAGAGGAUGCACAGCCAUUGGUUUUCAAAAAAGGCGAAGUGGUUUUUGAAGAUGUACACUUCCACUAUGAGGCUCGAAAGGAGACCCUUAGAGACAUCAACUUUUCCGUUCCCGGCGGCUCAACAAUUGCUCUCGUAGGCGAAACUGGAAGUGGAAAAUCAACGAUACUCAAGCUUCUCGACCGAUUUUACGACGUUACUGAUGGCAGCAUAAAGAUUGACGGGCAAGACAUCCGGGAUGUGACCGUAAGAAGUCUUAGAGACAAAAUUGGAGUCGUACCCCAGGACCCAGACCUUUUCAACGAGUCCAUCCUGAACAAUAUACGUUAUGCCAGACUGGGAUCCAGCAUUGAAGACGUCCAUGAAGCCUGCAAAGCAGCUGCUCUCCACGAUAAAAUCUUGUCGUUUCCUGACGGUUAUCAAUCGGUUGUUGGCAGUCACGGAGUACGACUUUCUGGUGGCGAGAAGCAACGCAUCGCCAUUGCUCGAGCAAUUCUAAAACGUCCAGAGAUAAUAGUUCUUGAUGAAGCAACUAGCGCAGUUGACAGUGCUACCGAGCAGUUAAUACAAAACGCAUUUAGGGAACUAUGCAGAGGGCGAACCACUUUUAUCGUCGCCCAUCGCCUUUCCACGAUAAUGAGAGCAGAUCGCAUUUUGGUUAUCAAAGACGGAGAAAUUAUCGAGAACGGCUCUCACGACGAGCUUAUCCAUGCAAAGGGCAAGUACACUGACCUGUGGUCGAAGCAACUUUUUGUGAAACCAGGAGAGAGUCUUUCGUCUCCUGGGAGCCCAAAAAAUUCCGACGCUACCAUUGUAAACGAUGUUCAAAAGCAAAAAGGAACCACGACUCUUGCUGCAGCAUUGCAAAAGACAGACCAUUUUGAGAAGGACUGUUCAGUAGCCUCAGCAGAUGGGCCCAAGGUGAACAAAACCAAACUCAAGGCGGACAGUCCAGAGUUUGUGCCUGUCCGUUUGAGGACUGCCACACAAGAACAGAAUCAAAGUUCGGAAUCAAGAGGUACUUUUGGCAGUGGAAGCUUGCACGACACGCAAAGCCAAGGCGAAAGUAUGGUUUUCUCAAGCGGUUUCCAUGGAACAGCCGAGACGAAUGCGCUGUCCGAGAGGCCUGGAAAUGCUAGUGGAGUAGAUGAGCCCAAGGGAGGAAGAUCAAGUGCCAAGCGCCCACUCUCUCGGUAUGGGCGUCGAAACCAUACGAAGAGCGAUCCAGCGAGCUAUGUAAAUGGUCCCUCGAACAAGACUGAGGCGUCUGGGAGUGGAAUAAACAGCUCUGAAUCAUCGACGCGUGACAGCCCCAAGUGAUCCACCGCCUUGUCAUUCGGACAGUUGAAGUCGCGGGAGGCCUUGCCGACGCGGUCGUCAUUGGAGGCUUAGAAGCAAGGUCAGUCGCAGCUCCGCUUUGUCGGUGCAAAGUAAAUCGCGCGACGAUUCUGCUGAUACCGGGGCUCCGCCGAUGGGUCUCUCCACUAUACCUGCCGACAGAUUUCUGUAAUCUCAUGGUCACCCGCACAGAAAUCUUUCGACGCAGCAUGAUUGCCCUCGUGGGAUAUCUUAGGGGGGCGGACGAACGGCGAAAAGGGUGGCGAAAUCGGAGCAGGUUCAUAUGGGCAUCUGAAGGGAAGAGUUUCAAUUUCAUAUCUCGGUUUGAAAAAGGCAUUUUUAUCCCAUUGGCAACAUUUGUCGGUCUAUACAAGCUGCGUCGGAGAACAUUUUUAGAGGUUUUAGAGGUAUAAAUGGACUGGCGGCGAAGCGCAGGUGAGCAUCAGCUUUGUAGUCUUUAGGUUAAGGAAAAGUUUAGUUUCAGUAGUUAUCUAUCUCGUUGGUGCAUCAUUAGAUUUGGUACUGUCCG